AUGUCUGAAGACAUCGACACACACAUCACUGAACGCUAUAAUUUACACAAACGUCUCGGCAAAGGUGCUUACGGAAUUGUUUGGAAGGCUAUCGAUAGGCGAACACAAGAAACAGUAGCACUGAAGAAAAUCUUCGAUGCUUUCCGGAACCAGACAGAUGCCCAGCGAACGUUUCGCGAAGUGAUGUUUCUGCAGGAAUUUGGAAGGCAUCCUAAUAUUAUCAAACUUUAUGAUGUCAUCAAAGCUGAUAACGAUAAAGAUAUAUAUUUGGUAUUUGAAUUCAUGGAAGCUGAUUUGCAUAAUGUUAUCAAGAAGCUAACGAUUUUGAAAGAUAUUCAUAAGCAGUACAUUAUGUGCCAAUUAUUUCGAGCCGUUCGUUUUCUUCACAGCGGAAAUGUCUUGCAUCGUGAUUUGAAGCCAUCGAAUAUAUUGCUAGAUGCAGACUGUCACGUAAAAUUAGCUGAUUUUGGCUUGGCGAGGUCGUUGUCUCAAAUCGAAGACUAUCCCGAGGGUCAAAACAUGCCUGAAUUAACUGAAUAUGUGGCAACUCGAUGGUAUCGAUCACCAGAGAUCUUAUUGGCUGCAAAGAGAUAUACAAAAGGAGUUGACAUGUGGAGCCUGGGUUGUAUUCUUGGCGAAAUGCUUCUUGGCCACGCUCUCUUUCCUGGCACUUCAACGAUUAAUCAGAUUGAACGGAUCAUGAAUACCAUCCCGAAACCAUCAAUCAAAGAUAUUGGAAGUAUUAGAUCAUAUUACGCCUCAUCAGUGCUAGAAAAAAUGCCUCAAAGACCGCGAAAAUCUCUAGAAGCAUUUUUUGAGAAUCAUGACCCUCAGGCUAUUGAUCUUAUACAAAGGUUGUUGAUCUUUGCUCCUCAUAAACGUUUGAAUGUUGAUCAGUGUUUGAUGCAUCCAUACGUACUACCGUUUCAUUCCCCGAUUGAUGAACCAACGUUAACUUAUGACGUUUUACUUCCAUUACCGGAUCACAUUCAGCUAAAUGUGGAUGAUUACCGUAAUAAAUUAUAUGAUUUGAUCUCGGAAAAGAAAACACAAAUCAAGCGAAUUCAUCAUGAUAACACGAUGACUCGAUCGAUUUACCGCCCUAUUUCCAUCCAAAAUUCUCAAAAAACCGAUAUAGUAUCAUCGAGCGCUGGAAUACGCGCUAAAGGUGAGCUCAACUCAAGCAUUUGA